AUGCAUGCAAUCAGAAAUAUUGUUCGUACAGCUAGCUUUAGGUUCCAUGGCCAAAGCGAGGUCCCCGUCCAUCUCCUCCUCCUGUUCCGUCCCCACAUCACCUUCAUCAUCUUUGUACCCUUUACUAGCAUCAUCGUUAUCAAUUUCGUUGUUGUCAAAACCAUCCGCUUGCUCUGCUGCAACAUCUGCUUGCCUUCCGCUCAUCCAUUCCUGUCCCUGCUCCCUCCCCUGCUCCCUCCCCUGCUCCCUCCCCUGCUCCCUCCCCUGCUCCCUCCCCUGCUCCCUCCCCUGCUCCCUCCCCUGCUCCCUUUCCUGCUCCCUCUCCUGUCUCUGCUCCCUCUCCCUCUCCCUCUCCCUCUCCCUCUCCCUCUCCCUCUCCCUCUCCCUCUCCCUCUCCUUCUCCUGCUCCCUCUCCCUCUCUCCCUCUGCCAUCUGUAG